GCUGGGGGAGGCCGGUGUCACAAUAGGCUUGGGCCGCCGCACCUUUUAUAGCUCCUGUCUCACGCCGUCACCUACCGCCACUGGUUUUUCUCUCUAUCAUCUCUAGCUACAUCAUCUUGAUUACUUUGACUGCAUUAUGUGAAGCACAAAUAAGUAAUUUUUCCCAUCAUGUGUAAUGCAAUCAGCAUCAUCUCAUAAAUCCUGUAGCUUCAACAUGUUUUCUAGGACUCAACACAAUAAGAACAAUCACCUUUUACCUCUGGUCCAGUUAUCUUUUAACUGUCACAUAUGGACUCCCAAAGAUCUCCAAAGGAAACUGUCCUCAUUACAGGAGGAGGUGGCUACUUUGGUUUCCGCCUCGGCUGUGCGCUGAGCCGGAAGGGAGUCCGUGUGAUUCUGUUUGACAUCAGCAGCCCUGCUCAGACCAUCCCACAAGGAAUGAAGUUUGUACUUGGAGACAUCCGCCACCUUUCUGACGUGGAGAGGGCCUUCCAGGACUCAGACAUCUCAUGUGUGUUCCACAUUGCCUCUUAUGGCAUGUCGGGGCGGGAGCAACUGAACCAAAACCUGAUUGAGGAAGUCAACGUGGGUGGCACCGACAAUGUCCUGCAGGCCUGCUGCAGGAGAGGGGUUCCCAGACUGGUGUACACGAGCACUUUCAAUGUCAUCUUUGGAGGCCAAGUCAUCAGAAAUGGAGAUGAGUCCCUGCCUUACCUGCCGCUUCACCUGCACCCUGAUCACUACUCUCGGACCAAAUCUAUUGCAGAGAAGAAGGUGCUAGAGGCAAAUGGCUCUGCCCUGGAGACAGGAGAUAAUGUCUUAAGAACCUGUGCUCUGAGACCAGCUGGCAUCUAUGGGCCUGGAGAACAAAGGCACCUUCCCAGGAUAGUGAGUUACAUUGAGAGGGGCCUGUUCAGUUUUGUGUAUGGUGACCCCAGCAGCCUGGUUGAGUUUGUCCAUGUGGAUAACUUGGUGCAGGCACACAUUCUAGCCUCAGAGGCCCUGAAGGUUGAUAAGGGCCACACUGCCUCUGGGCAGCCCUACUUCAUCUCAGAUGGCAGACCAGUGAACAACUUUGAGUUCUUCCGGCCUUUGGUUGAGGGCCUGGGCUACAAGUUCCCAUCCACCCGCCUGCCACUCACCCUGGUCUACUGCUUUGCUUUCCUGACAGAGAUGUCCCACUUCAUCAUUGGCCGACUCUACAACUUCCAGCCUUUCCUCACCCGCACUGAAGUUUAUAAAACUGGUGUCACACAUUACUUCAGCCUAAAGAAAGCCAAGAUAGAGCUUGGUUAUGAGCCUCAGCCGUUUGACCUGCAGGAAGUAGUAGACUGGUUUAAAGCCCAUGGUCAUGGCCGAAGUCCUGGAAAUGGAGACUCAGAGUUUCUUCUUUGGCAUGGGCUGUUGAUCUUACUCUUGGUUCUAUCAGUUUUCACCUGGCUACCACCUACUCUGUUUCUGUCAGUGUGAAGAAAGAACAGAUAUAAGUUUCUGAUCAUACUUGCUGGAAUGAUUUUCAAGAACACAGAUUUUAAAAUAUAUAUAGUGUUGCUAAUGUUUCCAGAACUAUAUUGAACAGGAGUGGUGAUAGUGGGCAUCCUUGUCUUGUUCCUGAUUUUAGCAUGAAAGUUUUCAGUUUUUGACCAUUUAGUAUGAUGUUGGCUGUUGGUUUUUCAUAG